CACAUGUGAACUGUAAACUGUGAACUGUGAACCGACCGUGACUUCCAGAUCAUUCACUGUUUCUUAUUGUUAUGCGGUACCGAUUGUACGAUUGUACUACCUGACCAUCUGGCAUCCGAGACCUGCCAAUGGCGACCCACAUUCUUAUUUAAUUCCCCUGCUACGCUGCCUCCCCCCCAUCCUUGCCGUCUUCCCAAUCCAGGUUGACGGUAUUCUCUAACUACCAGGUAAUUAUUGGAAGCAACACCGAAAAUAACCUCAGUUCUCUUCUCUUUACUUCUUCAUUUCCUUUUUUCCUUUUAACUUAUUAUCCACAAAACCAACGCUUCAUUCCAAGUUACCCAUGACCGAGGUAGUCUUGCCUUGAUCCUUACUGGUAACUUAAUAUAACCUCUUCUUCUUCUUCUUCUUGUUCUUUUUUCCCCACUACGUACUUCUACUUCGUAGGCCUAGCCUCGCACCACAUCGCAUCUCAUUGCCUCGCCUUGCCUCAUUGGAAUUUCACAUCAACUACCACGUGCCAAUUACUUCAAGCUCGUGGACAAGCUCCGCCUCUUCCUCCUCUUUAAUUGACUAUUCGCCCCCUCUAAAGUUCUGUCAGGGAAAGGCUACAUUGCAUUGGUCCCCUCACUCUCACAACCAGCCGUUGCGAAGUCUACGUGGCCCUCACUACUCCACCAUCGUCUUUCCGUCGUCAUUCUCGCUACCGUUUUAUACCAUUUUUCUACGGGUCGUCCAACCAUAAUGGACUCGAUAUCCUCGCGUUUCCGGCGCACUAAGAGGGCUUCUCCUACGACUCCCCCCGCUGGAAUUCUAUCUGGAUCACCUCCCGACAAAUCAUCGUCGGAAAGCAAGCUUGGCCCUGUGGGCUGCCGUGAACCACCGCCGACCUUGACCAUUCCAACUAACCAUGCUUCUCGCAAUGAUCUACCUUCAAAAUCGCCUUUUCGUCGAGGCUUCCAUUUUCGACAUUCGCAUAAGCGCGCCCGAUCUCCCACUCCGGCUUCGUUACCUAUGCCUGCUUCACCCGCCGUAGCUAGUCAGGAUAGCGCAGUCGAACUUGGAAGAUCAACACCAACUAGCGCUGUUGAAGACAAAAGUGAGAAGGAAAUGAUCAAGGAAACCCCCAAGCCCAGGAUUCCAGCUUUCCUAAAUCAGUCCCAACAAGAUAUCGAGGCUAAGUUCCACGAUCUUAACUGGACAGAGCGUUUUCGUCUCCAGGAAUCCUUGCAUAACCCAUCCCCAAAUUUCAGAUUUGCACGCGUUACGACGCCCGAGACUAAGAUCCUCGACCGGUACGCGAAUAUCCAACCAUGGGCCAACAACCGCGUCAAGCUACAGGUGCCAGACGGUCAGCUCGAUUAUAUCAAUGCGUCGCCUAUUACUCUCCGUUCCCUCCUAGAUCCUCAGACCAAGCCACCGCAUCGUUACAUCGCUAUGCAAGGACCUAAAUCCGGGACUAUGGAUCACGUUUGGCGAAUGGUAGUGGAGCAGCUACAAAGCCCAGCUGUAAUUGUGAUGCUGACCGAGACACACGAGGGUGGGAUGGAGAAGUGCUACCCAUAUUUUCCUCGUUUCGUCGAGGAAGAGCCAUGGAUAAUAGGCGAGGACGACGAAUUCGGAGACGGUUUCCACGCCGAGAUCAAGUGUGUCGAUAUCGAAGAGCACGCGAACGGUGCAAUUGAGGUUCGAAAGCUCAGCAUUCACGUUGAGGACCGAGAGGACGAUAUGAUUGUAUGGCACCUUCUUUACCGCAAGUGGCCCGACUUCGGUGUCCCAGCUCUUGAGGACAUUGACAGCUUCUUCGAGCUCAUGCGUCUUUCACGAGAGAAGAAUGCGAGCGAAGACAAUCCACGAAUAAUUCACUGCUCGGCAGGUGUAGGAAGAAGCGGAACAUUCAUGGCCCUUGAGCAUCUCAUGCGAGAGAUAGAUUCGGGCGAUGUGGAUCGUCUUGAGAUGAAUGCCACCAGGGGUGGGGAGGAUAUUGUCUAUAAGACGGUCGACGCGCUCAGGGAGCAGCGCAAGCAGAUGGUCCAGGCUGAGUCCCAGUACCUAUUCAUUUAUCAGGUGCUGCGCAAGCUCUGGCUAGACAAGCAUGGGCUUACCGAGCAGGAUAUCCGGGAGGAGCCCGCAGCUAAGAGAUGAACCGCGGCGGUAUUCGUAUCGUAUCAUUCACCGUUUUGUACGGCAUCGCGAUGGCGUUAAGAGGGGAUACAUUUGGGUUUCGGCACUUCUCUUCACCCAUCAGAUUUUUAUAUUACACUAUGGUCUAGCAUAACGGGCACAGGAUCAUAGGAAGGCAUACCGGGUGUAUUGGAAGUAUCAUGCAUGGAGAGGCGUCCCUAACAUCAACGGCACACGAGAGGAUAUUAGGGAAUUGGGCCGUCUUUUAGUAGCAAGUAAAGGUAUGCAUAGGAGGGAAAGCUUCUACAAGGCCUCUGGAUUCGGGAGACAUUGUCAUUUGAGAGAUACCCUUUAUAUUAAACUAGCUGAUAUCAGAUAGUCGCCGCAUUGGUUUGUACAAUUUGCGGGUUUAGGACGGAUUCAGUGUGGCCAUCGUUGGUUUUUAGAGGCACAGAUUGUGGCGUACAACCGCAAGAGGGGGUUACACGGCGCAAGUCUCUCACGUCCUCAGAUAAUGAUACAUCAUGAAGGCCACAACCUAUCAUGCAGGUUCAUGAUGUCAGGGCAUCGAAAGCCAUAUAUCUAGUUGAACUUGUACCUGGGGUAGCUACCCCGCCUUGACUGAUACCAAUCAAUCAUCAACAGUCAAAUAACCAAGACGUACGUUAGGUUAGUACGGUGGUUAAAAAAGUAAUAAUAAUCAAGAA